AGUGGGCUGUGGGCCCCGGCAGGUCGAGGACUCAGGUAGCGCGCGGUGGCGCCGCCAGCGACCCGCUGCCCGUGUUGCGGCACUUUGAAGGCUUCAGUCGCCCCUCCUGCCCACCCAGCAUCUUAAUCUCCUGGCCGAAGCACGCCAGCCCCUGUCGUGUGCUAACCUGCGGAGGCCGCUGCAGUGACCCCGCCCCCGGGCUGACAAUGUGAGACUGGCCAGGCGUCCCCGCACCAGACUCGGGCGCCGGGAGUGGGCGGCUCGGCAGCCCCGGGAGAUGGCCCUGCCGCCGGUGCUUGUCGCCUCCUGGGGUCUGGAGCAGUGAGGGGGCUGGCGAUCGAGGGACAGUGGCCCCAGCGCGGCAGAGGCGGAGGGGCCACGGGCGCCAUGGAGGGGGUGCUGUACAAGUGGACCAACUAUCUGAGCGGCUGGCAGCCCCGGUGGUUCCUCCUCUGCGGGGGGAUAUUGUCCUACUACGACUCUCCGGAAGACGCCUGGAAAGGUUGCAAAGGGAGCAUCCAGAUGGCGGUGUGCGAAAUUCAAGUGCAUUCCGUAGAUAACACGCGCAUGGACCUGAUCAUCCCUGGGGAGCAGUACUUCUACCUGAAAGCCAGAAGUGUGGCGGAGAGGCAGCGAUGGCUGGUGGCCCUGGGGUCAGCCAAGGCUUGUCUGACGGACAGUAGGACCCAGAAGGAAAAAGAGUUUGCUGAAAACACUGAAAACUUGAAAACCAAAAUGUCGGAACUGAGACUCUACUGUGACCUCCUCGUCCAGCAAGUGGAGAAAACGAAAGAAGUGACCUCCGCGGGCGUGUCCAGUUCCGAGGAGGGAAUUGACGUGGGAACGCUGCUGAAAUCAACGUGCAACACUUUCCUGAAGACCUUGGAAGAAUGCAUGCAGAUCGCGAAUGCCGCCUUCACCUCUGAGCUGCUCUACCGCACUCCGCCGGGGUCCCCGCAGCUGGCCGUGCUCAAGUCCAGCAAGGCGAAGCAUCCUAUCGUACCGAUUCAUAAUUCACUGGAAAGGCAGAUGGAGCUAAACAAUUGUGAAAAUGGGUCUUUGACUAUGGAAAUAAAUGAUGAUGAAGAAAUCCUAAUGAAAAACAAGAGUUCCUUGUAUUCGAAAUCUGCAGAGGUCGAUGGCAGCAUAUCAAGUGAAGAGAACACUGAUGAUAACGUAACAGCCCAAGGUGAAGUAAUGAAGGGAGAGGGAGAGGCAGACUUGGGAAAUCACGACGUGGCACAGCGAGGGUCGAGCCCCUCGGGGAGCUCUCCGGAGCCCCGCUGGGAAGAAGGCCAGGAGGUCAUCCCGACUUUCUUCAGUACCAUGAACACCAGCUUUAGCGACAUUGAACUUGUGGAAGACAGUGGCAUUCCCACAGAAGCAUUCUUGGCAUCGUGCUAUGCUGUGGUUCCAGUACUGGACAAACUUGGCCCCACGGUGUUUGCUCCUGUUAAAAUGGAUCUCGUUGGAAAUAUCAAGAAAGUGAAUCAGAAGUACAUCACCAACAAGGAGAAGUUUGCCACCCUCCAGAAGAUCGUGCUGCAUGAGGUGGAGGCGGACGUGGCCCAGGUCAGGAACUCGGCUACGGAAGCCCUCUUGUGGCUGAAGAGGGGCCUUAAGUUUUUGAAAGGAUUUUUAACAGAAGUGAAGAACGGAGAACAGGACAUCCAGACGGCCCUGAACAACGCCUACGGAAAGACCUUGCGGCAGCACCACGGCUGGGUCGUCCGAGGGGUUUUUGCACUCGCGUUGAGGGCAGCGCCGUCCUAUGAAGAUUUUGUGGCCGCAUUGAGUGUAAAGGAGGGUGACCACCAGAAAGCAGCUUUCAGUGCCGGGAUGCAGAGGGACCUCAGCCUCUACCUCCCGGCCAUGGAGAAGCAGCUGGCGAUCCUGGACACUUUGUAUGAGGUGCACGGACUGGAGAGUGACGAGGUGGUAUGACGCCCGCGGGGCCGGCGCCGCCCGCCUUCAGGGAACCGAGCUUGCCGCCGCGUGUUGUCACCCCAUUUCUCUCCCGGCGGCAGCCUCAGCCCUCGCCUCCCUCGCCUGGGGGCACGGAGAGGAGGAGGCAAAGCCUAGUGCUUUUACGUAUAAGUCUUCAAAUGCUUGUAUGUGUUCUGUGUGUUUAAAAAUCACGGUGCUAUAUAUUUCAGUUCAAAGGGCCUCCUGGAAACCAAAUCAUAGCUGUUGUAUCUACUUGCACCGCAAGUUGUAAGAGCAGAUUGGACAGAUGAAUUUGUUGGGACUGUUUUCUCUUGUUUUGGGCUUUGGGUUCUACCAGGCCACCCAAACCCCAGCUGCAGGUGAGCAGAUUCGGUACCAAGGACGACAACUCGUAGCCAGCGUUUCCAUCCCCUCGGAAUUAAUCUGGAGGGAGCGGAGCCCCUCUGCGGAAGCCGUUGAAAUGUCAAGUCUGCCGGCCCUCGGCGUUCUUCGGAGAACCUCCUUCUGCGUGGCUCCAUGGGCGAUGUGAGCCCGUGGGUGCAGGUGUCCUCCAGCGCCCACUCCAGUUCCCGUGCUUUCCCGUGCAUGUCGCAAGGGGGCUGCACAGCAAAGCUGUGACUUUCAGGGAUUGUUACCCGAUUUCAGAAGUGAGGGAUUUAUGUGCUCAGCGUGACACAGCCUCCAAAUAGAGGAGCAGGUGGGGUCCGGACCACCUGCAUCAAAAGCACAGGGAGUGCUUGUUCAGAGAGCAGAUUCCCGGGCCUCGCCCUGACCUGCAGAACCAGAUCACGUGGGUGGGACUCAGGACUCUGCACUUGAAUACUUGUCGAGUGAUUCUUGUGCACGGAGACUUGAAGAACCAGGAGAUUAAAUUCUAGUUUACAGAAUAUCCAGUCUUCUGCAUGAACUCAAUGAUGUGUCCUUUCUUUCAAAGAGGAAGAGGCGGUUGUGGAUGCAAAACAGUUCAAGGGAGAAGGAGAAGGACCAGGUUUACUUGGCAGCCUUCUUCAUCUAACCAGUGCAGCACCCAGCCGGGGCUGCAGGCAGGCGCCAUGGUUCCCCACGUGGUCUCGGAGCCGCCGUGGUGUAGUCGCCAGUCGUGCGCAGCAAGCUAAAUGCCGCUGCUCGUCAAUCUCAUGAGCUUGGGGACCGGGCCACAGUUGACUGCUGGGAUGUCAGCCUGUCAUAAAACCACCUCGUGUAGGCAUUCGCCUGGAGAGAGUGACACGGGGACUGUGGCCCUGGUCUCAGGAGGCCACAUCACUAAGAAGAUGUGGGAGAGGGGCCACGGGCCUUCCCUGUGAGAGGCCACUUCCUCCAAGUGGCCGGAAGGGCAUUUCCAUCGUGAGGGGUUCCCCGGGGUAGAAGGUGAGCUCCUUUGCAGAGCACGGGUGAGGGCUGCCUGAGCAGCCCCAGAGGCUGCUGGUCCGGGGCAAAGGGAGCCCCUCCUUAGACAGAGAGGAUGAUGUCGGGGCAGUGCUGCUUUUGCCUUCCAUCCGUCUUUAGACAAAGGGGCAUUAACGUAGCUCAAAUUAAUGGAGCAGCUACUCGGCUCACGUAGGGACUUUCGGAAAAGGCUAAAACACAGAAAAGCAACAUCACAUGUUUUAAGGCUGGAGAGAAAAACGAUGCUAAAAUGACAGAUUAUUUUGUAUUUUAGCACUUCCUGUUGGCAUCUGCAAAGGGGUGUGUGUGUGCUCCUCCCUCUCCCACGAGUCGUCGGUGUGGCUCUCCCUCUCUGGCUGGUGUGCAAAUGAGGGCGGCCCAAGGGGCUCCUGCCCUUGAUGUAGCUUGAAAAAACAGCCCACCCUUGCCUGUGCCUUGAGUGAAGACACAUCAGACACCCCGUCCUUGGGUCCUUGGGAGGGGAUGCAACCAGGAAACGGAGUGUCGCAAAGCAGGACCCUCUCGUCACCUACUGGUGCUCCCUGUCACCUCAGGUGAGCUCGUGUGGGGAGGGAGCGGGCCCCGGAAUAUACCUCAUUUGCCCUUGAAGCUGUGAACACACGCAAAGAAAGCUGCUCAGCGUGGCCGUUUCACAUUUAUGUAGGUGCAGCCGGCGUAGCCUACCCAGUUUUCUGGGGAAGAAGGGGUUGAUAUUAUCUGGGAUCACUGGGAACCCACAUUAGGAUAAUUUGAUAAUAAGUUCCAUGUUCUCCUCACCCUUUUUCCAACACUACAGAAAGGGCCAAUGUGUCUUGUUAGGUGUUUUCCUCCUUGGAGCGCAUUAAGUUUGCCUCAGAUGUGUACAGCUCUGGGAGCCCUUCAAUAAAGAGAAUUAGAACUUGAACCUCGUACUAGACGGUAAGGUCGGCCUGACCUGGAGGCUGGGCCCAGGCAGAGCUUCCUCCCGGAUCUACAGUGUUUGCUUCGCCGUUUUAGUCCGCAUCCUGAUCCGAGCUAAGCUGCAGUCAGAGUCUCAGAAGGGACAGAGAGAAAAGAUAGUAAGGCUUGUACUCUCCACAACCUGCCAAGGUGUCCGGACGCCUGGGCUCUCGCCAGCUCGGACAGCGAGCGCAGAGGAGGCAGGCAUCCUGCUCCCGUUGCUCAAAGGUCUCAGGGCCCCUUUCCAGGAGCAGCCUUUUGGGAGAUCCCGAGGGAAAAGGGAACGUGACUUCCAGGUAUCGGGAGAUGCCGUGGGCAGCGUUUGGCUGACCCCUACCAGGGUGCUUCCUGCUCACAGCUGCCUCGUAUCCACACCCCUCCCCAAGGAGAAGCCGGGCUUGGGGCUCGGGGGAGAGUGGGGGCAGCGUGUCCCCGUCUGUCUGAUGGAACCCAGUCCUGUGGGCGAUGGCAGCUGUGGCGUCCCAAGGCGCACUUGACUCCGUAUCGCUAAUCCUGCUGAGAAAGGUUGGAGGGUUGCCCUUCUGUUGGGGGUGGGGAUGGCGUGCAGCUCUGCAGGGAGUUCCGGACGUGGGGCUCAGAACAGCGAGCGGAUCCCGUCACGGGGGUUGGCUGGGAAAGGCUGUGUUCAUCAGACUGUGAAAGUGUGCGGUCUUCUUUCUUAAUUAUUCAUUGUGUUUACAUGUGUGUCCAAAACGUGAAUGCUUUCCCUUUGAUAUUUUGGGGAAAGUUUUUUUUAUUUAAAAAAAAAUGUGAUGGGGACCAUUCAGUAAAGUACAUUUUUCUUUAUUCAAUUUGAAGUGAGUACAAGAGCUGAAGGAAGGGGUAGCUUAUUAAGGAAAUGUAAUCUGGUCGUGGGGCGCACACCUGCCAGACAGGAGCAAGAGCGCCAGAGUGUCAGGAGCAGUUAAGACGGUGAGACGUCUUGGAAGCUUUCUGAAGGAACCCUGUGUGUGUGUGUUUUCUACUGAACUAUUAUACUGUGUCUCACAAGGAGUCGGCGACACGAUGGUGCAUUUCGGAAUCCCUGGCUACAGUCAUUGCUUCUGAGUUUAGUCGUAGGUUUUACAACUCUUCAGCUCCACACCCUCCUGGCUCAUUUCCUUUCCAGGUGAACUGUCAACCAUUGUUAGACUUUCAGAUUCAGUGUUUGUAAGUAAGGUACGUUUUAAGCCAUUGUUCCGCUGGCUGAGCUGACGGGUCUGGCGAGAGAGCGCCGGCCCUCAGCCGCUCCGGGACCGGCACAGCCCGCCCGCGGACUUCGGGGUGCGGUACACCCGCGUCCUAGGACGCGCGUGUAGGGCUCGGUACUGGGAGAGAGGUCCUGCUUCCGGGCGUCCGUUGGUAACCUGCAGUUGCUUACUCAGGGGUUUCACAAUAAUGACAUGAAAUACCCACUAGCUGUCUGAUGGGAUUGUAAGACUGCUUAUCUAGCACAAGGUUGUUAGGGGUCGUUCAAACAGCCGCAUGCGCACACUGCGCACCAGCCAGUCUGUGACGGUUCCCGAGCCAUCCCGCUGCACAGCGGCAGUCCCCGUGGCGUCCCCGAGCACCGCCGCACAGGGUGCCCUGCGGCACUGCUAUGCAGCCACCGACAGGACCGCUGACGCGGACACUGAUCUCUGUCCUGCACUGUCCAUAUCCAGCCUUUCAUGGAAAGGGGCACACACACCACUACUCGGCAAUGCAAGUGUCCCAAAAUUCUCUGGUUACCCUCUGAGUCACUUCUCUUUCAGAGUGACCACCUGCUUUCAGCUAACUUGUGAGAACACAAGAAAGAGAUCUCGCUUGUUUUAAGCACAUCCUCUCCAUUGCCUGUAUUCUAAGGUGCGGUCGGUAUUUUCUCCCCGGGCUUUAUGAACAGAUGCCACCCCCGCAAAGCUGGUCUCAUCCACGCAGACCCCUGCACGCCCGUCCCUUGUGGGUAUACGUGGAGGCAGGGAUGACGAGGGGGGCGAGCUAAAAGUAAUUUCUGUUGCUUCUCAGAAGGCUCAUGAGCCAGCCUCAUGGUGCGUUUGGUCUGUGAGUCCCCCGUGUCGUGACAACUUCCCUCGAAUGUCAGUGAACAGCCCAACUACCUCAUGUGAACUUGGCUGUGGACGAUCUGUGUCCGGUGGGACGUGUGUUCAGGCCACUUUGAUCUGGUUAAGAGAUCGAACAAAAUGACGUCUCUGUACAGAAGAAAUACGUUAGACCAGAUGCCAAAGGCUACAAUGUAACAUAGGUUUCCUCGGGUUAAUUUUUUAGAUCAAUGUUGAAUUCCACCCACAGUAUUCUUGUCUCGAAUGUCGGUGGUCUCACAGAUCCGUGCACUUGGGGUGUCUGUCGCAGGCCGUCCUCGUUACCUGUGCUCGUCCCUCUGCAUCGCGAUGACAGGAGAAAGCAAGUGUCGAGUGCUUUGUUGGUUUCUUAAUUUUGAAGGAACUUUUACUUAGAACAUAAUGUGUUGGAGCCUUUGAGGACCAAUCAGCGAAUGAAGAUUUCAUGUUUCGUGUUUCAUGUACAACUCUGUCCAAGUUCUCGUUCUGUAACGUGUGGGGAGGGGGAACGAGGGAGGGUUUUACUUUUUUUGCAAAAAUGUUU